GUUCAGAUUCCACCCGUGACACUAACACCACCACAGUGACUGUAAGUUCUCUGUACCAACACAGUGUAUAGUACUGGAAGAUCCAUGGAUGAAAUGGGCUUUAUACAAACCAUUCUCACACACAGCCAAGUCUACAUCUCUGAUGAAUGACCCUCAUUUGUGUGUUCGUACGAGGGGGCUGGGAAUUAAUGUCUUCGCUCACACACUGGAAUGAAUGAAGACACACGACCAUUUGAAACAUGUUGCGCAAUAGGCUCUCUGUCUGCCAGAAGAAUGAGAUUUUGAUAGUGUGUCAUAGACUAACUCUCACUCACUGUCACUCACUCUCACUCACUCAGUCAGACCAGUGGAACAUUUCAGAGAUUGAGAAUAUUAGGUUUUCACAAUCAGUGGAAAAGUUUAGGUAUUGAGUAAGAAUGUUAGGUUUUCACAAUCAUCUACUGUUUAAUAGAAUAAUGUUAACUUUAUUAGAAUCUUCUCUUUAAGAGACUGUGUGUGUUGGGGGGGGGAGGCUAUUUCAGGCUAUUUCUAUUUCAGGCUAUUUCUCGAAAUGCUGCACCUGCAGGUUGAAGGAGGGAAUGUGAAUUAAAUCUCAAUCAUGGAGGGAGAGAGAAUGAGGACAGUGAAUUUGCAUCCCAUCCUUUUAGAAGGCAUUAUCUAAACCCUCUGAUGGUCAUGACAAGCUCUUUGACUUACACUGAACUUAAAUAUAAACGCAACAUGUAAAGUGUUGGUCCCAUGUUUCAUGAGCUGAAAUAAAAGAUCCCAGAAAUAUUCCAUACGCUCCAAAUGUGUGCAUAAAUUUGGUUACAUCCCUGUUAGUGAGUAUUUAUCCUUUGCCAAGAUAAUCCAUCCAACUGACAGGUGUGGCAUAUCAAGAAGCUGAUUAAACAGCAUGAUCAUUACACAGGUGCACCUUGUGCUGGGGACAAAAGGCCACUCUAAAAUGUGCAGUUUUGUCACAACACAAUGCCACAGAUGUCUAAAGUUUUUAGGGAGCGUGCAAUUGGCAUGCUGACUGCAGGAAUGUCUAACAGAGCUGUUUCCAGAUCAUUUUGUUUUUCUCUACUAUAAGCCGCCUCCAACGUCAUUUUAGAGAAUUUGGCAGUACGUCCAACCGGCCUCAUAACCGCAGACCACGUGUAACCACGCCAGCCCAGGACCUCCACAUCUGGCUUCUUCACCUGCGGUAUCGUCUGAGACCAGCCACCCGGACAGCUGAUGAAACUCGGGGUUUGCACAACCAAAGAAUUUCUGCAGAAACUGUCCAAAACCAUGUUAGGGAAGCUGAUCUACGUGCUGAUCCUCACCAGGGUCUUGACCUGACUCCAGUUCAGCGUCAUAACCGACUUCAGUGGGCAAAUGGCCACUGGCACGCUGGAGAAGUGUGCUCUUCACGGAUGAAUCCCAGUUUCAACUACCGGGCAGGUGGCGUGAAGUGGUUUGCUGAUGUCAACGUUGUGAAGGAAGUGGUCCAUGGUGUUGGUGGGGUUAUGGUAUGGGCAGGCCCUAACAAAAACAUUUUUUAGGGUGGAUUUUUAUCGAUGGUGAUUUGGAUGCACAGAGAUACCAUGACGAGAUCCUGAGGCCCAUUGUCGUGCCAUUCAUCCUCCUCCAUCACUUCAUGUUUCAGCAUGUUAAUGCACGGCCCCAUGUCACAAGGAUCUGUACACAAUUCCUGGAAGCUGACAAUGUCCCAUUAGGGCCUAAUGAAUUUAUUUCUAUUGAUGUUUUUUUUCUAUUAUGAAUUGUAACUCAGUAAAAUUGUUGCAUUUAUGUUUUUGUUCAGGCCCAGUGUCAUGUACAGUGCAAGCAUUCUUUUUCAAUAGUCUACCCCCAAUAAAGGACAUGCAGUUUUGUUUCCAUCAUAUAUUUUCAACUUUGUGUUGAUUUUGCAGACGUUAUGGCAAAGACAUUCUUGAUAUUUAAUCAAGCCCUUUAGUAGUCUGGUACAAGCAGCUUAUAGGCCAAGUCAGUAAGGUUAGUAAAGUCAGGUGGCCAGGUGUUUGGAAACUAUGUUUGCGAGCAAUGUCGUCAUAACAAAGCUUUAGGCGCCCCGAUGAUUCGCGAGCAGCCUGUUAUGAGGUUAGGCGGGUGAAUCCCGACAGAUGGCUCCCGGUCCCGUUAACUCACCGGCGUUGCCGUCCCGGUGCGCGCGGAUUCCCCGCAUUUAAUCGUGAUGAGUUCAGCAGCAGCAGAGGAGGCGCGCGGAAAGAAAACAUGGGCUCACUCCACUCGGGUUUCAGCCGGUGACGUAGCGGCCUGUGAAAUCACCAAGAGAGUUUACUGUAUUUACAUUUCUGGAUCACAGAGAGCUCACGAGGGGUAGGCCUACUUCCUACCGGCAUUUUCUUUUCAUGUUUUUAAAACAUCCCUUAUAUAUAUGCAGUAUGCGGAUAUCUGACCAUGAUCUUCCCAGACCACUGAUUUAGCCCUAUUUAUCAGCUAAUCUGAUCAUAUGUUCAGAGAAGAAUACCUGGAAGAAGAUGAUGAACCACCUUUGCAGCUCAGCUCUUGUCCUUCUCACGGUGUUUUGCUCUGGAGGGACUGUAGCCGUGCAGUGUCCCUGGGGGGAGGGGUGUGUGUGUCUGGAGUGCCCCAGUGGCCAGGAGCCAAUCAAGGCUUGCGGGCAGGUCAAGGGACCAGGCGAGGUGGUGCAAUGUCAGUCUUGUCCAGCGGGCACGUUUUCGGACGGCUAUGACUCUGAUCAAUGCCACCCACACUCCUCCUGCGGGGUCCUCAACAAAAAGGUUGUGACCUCUGGUACAUCACACUCUGAUGCUGUCUGCGGAGACUGUCUGUCUGGGUUCCAGCCCACUGCUGGGAAGACAGCCUCCACCCUGGCCUGUGUGAGAGCUCCCCCUUAUCUCUCCCCAACCCCCCCUGCCCAGUCUACCCACGUGCGUGCGGUGCGUACGGUAGGUAAGGGUGUGGCGGGCAGUGGCGGCCUGCCGGUGAACGGUACAGCAGUGCGGAGCCCGGAGGAGAAGAGUACAGAGUAUGCGGUGUUUGUCCUGGUGCCAAUCUUCUGUGUGAUGGGACUCCUGGGGAUCCUCAUCUGUAAUAUCCUCAAGAAGAAAGGAUACAACUGUACUGCUGAGAAGGAGGGGGGAGACGAGGAGAAUGCCACACCACAGAAAGAGGGUACCGGUUGUCCCUACAUCGUAGACGACCCUAAUGAAGACACCAUCAGUGUUCUGGUACGCCUCAUCACAGAGAAGAAAGAGAAUGCUGCUGCCCUGGAGGAGCUGCUACUGGAGUACGAGAGUAAACAGAUGGACAUCAGCAAAGCCUCCUCAAUCAAGUUUCCGGUGCUGUCUCCUCUGACUCAGUUCCUCUCCCUGCCCAGACUGUGUCCUCACCAGUCUCACCUCCACACCAUCUCUGGUCUGUCUGGUCUGUCUGGCCCCCGACACGGCUACUGUUGCUCCCGCUGUGCCCAGAAGAAAUGGCCCCCCAUCCUCCUCGGCCCCCUCAAACCCCCACAGUCCCUCCUGUUACCCCCUCUGGACCUCCAGUCCCUCCAGAUGACCCCUCUCCUGCCCACCGUGGACACACACCACCCCACCCCUAAGAUCUCCCAGACCCCCAGCCCUGGGUCAGAGUCCCUCCCUGAGGGGGAGUGCAGUAUGCCUGGGAAGGUAACCCGGUCUGUUGGGAGGUUUCAGGUGGCUCAGAUUCAGGAGCAGAGGCCUGGUUCCAUGGAGCUGACAUUCCGACCAGAGUCUAGUGACUCAAACUCAGUGGAGGACGCUUCUCUGCUGGGGGGGAACAAGUCAUCCUCACCACCAUCCUCGUCUUCAUCUUCAUCAGCUGCCAGGGGUACAUAGGAGGUUAACAGCUAAACAUUCGCAGGGAUGAAUGCUGGGUAAAAAAUAACUCUACCUCGCUGAGCGAUGGAUGUGAUGGGAUUCCAAAAUGGUGACCAGAGAGGUUGAUUAUCCUCUUUGUUGGGAUUUGGGAAGUUAGCCUGGGUGCUUGCUGGGAAGUUAGCCUGGAUGCCAGACACAGGGAAACCCUCAUAUUUAUAACACAAUCAACUUGUAUUUUAUCCUAUUGUUGAGAAAUAAUCCUCUGUCUUUAGAGGCAGGGAGGAAAAGAGAGAAGGAACAGACUAUUAAUUAACCCAGCCGUGUUGUUGUGCUCCCAUAAGACUCUGGACAGGUUGGAGGACCUUAACACUUUCUGCACUUGAUACUGCAAUACACACACACACACACACACACA